GAUCUCUAAGCAUUCCCGUCCAACUUAUAAUCUCUUUACCUACUUCACGUUUUUCUUUCUUGAUCUCUUCACACUUGACCCCGUCUAUACCGGCAAACCCCUCAAAUGCCUUUGUCUUUUCCCCCCUUCGAGUUUUCCUUCCUAAACCUAGGCACCUAAACCUCUUCCCGAACCCUAAACGGUAAAACACAUCUCCGUCCCAACGAUCUCUUCUAACAUGCUUUCCACUACUUCACGGCAACAAACGAAAUACUUCCGUAUUAGGCAAUCGAAGUUGCCAUGCCAUCGAUUGAUUUCUUGGAGUCUCCCUUGACCUCUGAAAACCUUUCUCCCCCAAUUUAGUUAGGCUCGCUGCUUUGGAUUUGGUUUCUAGGGUUCCAAUCCAGGGACGAGCCCGGUCGAGAAGGAGGUAUGGAUUGGCGAAGCGUGACCGCGGAGGAUCUGUUCAACGCCCUGCGUGAAGUUGAGUGGUCCUCGCCGUCGCGCUCCAUCUUGGAGUUCUUCUCCCGAUUCACCGUCCUCAGAUCCUACUCUAAAUGGAGCAAUCGACUUAAGUGUAAUCUUUACUACUACAGAACGAAUUACUUCAUCUUGAUCUUUUUUGUUCUUGCUGUGGGAUUUCUUCUGAAGCCUCUUGAUGUUGUUGCAGCCUUUCUCACAGGUUUAAGCAACGCAUUUUUAAACGAUAGAUUCUCAAGUAUGUUUAUUAUACAAGAAUCCAAUGUUUUUUACACAGGCGAAAAAAGAGUACAUUGUCUGUCUCAAAUCUUUGGUUACCAAUCAAAAAAAUGCAAGCACCUAUCAAAAAAAUACUUGCAAUGCCGAAUGGAAAGAGACUUGAUGGCGAAACAAGACCUAUUAGAGCUUGGUUUCCACAAUGCUACAACAAAUUUAUCCGAGAAGCCCUUGAUCCCUCAUUUGAGAUAAUAAUUGUUGAUCAAAUUGUAUCCGCUAUUGCUUGAAUCAGUUGAUUAAGGUUGCAAGUUAAGCCUGUACUUUCAAUAAGACUAGAAAUUUUAUCCUUUAAUCAAGUAGUAGCUUCUUGAUGGAGUUUAUUUA